CGGCCGCCCGCCGGCCUCCCGCCAGCCUGUCCCGACCCGCGGCUCGCCCGCAGAGCGGCGCCCGAGCCAGGUUCUCGGCAGGAAACAAUGAAGGGAGACACCAGACAGCUCAACAGAGAGGAGGACGCCAGCGGGAGGGAAGACUCCAUCAUCACUAAUGGGGGCUGCAGCGACCAGUCUUCUGACUCCAAGGAUGCGCCCUCACCCCCUAUCCUGGAGGCUAUCAGCACCCCGGAGAUCAGAGUCCGUAGAUCAAGCUCACGGCUGUCCAAGAGGGAGGUCUCCAGUCUGCUAAGUUAUACUCAGGAUCUGACGGGUGAUGGAGAUGGUGAGGGGGAAGAUGGAGACGGCUCUGACACCCCAGUGAUGCCCAAACUCUUCCGUGAAACCAGGACUCGGUCUGAAAGCCCAGCUGUCCGAACCCGAAAUAACACCAGUGCCUCCAGCCGGGAGAGACCCAGGUCCUCCCCGCGUUCCACCCGAGGCCGGCAGGGCCGCAAUCCCGUGGAUGAGUCCCCCGUGGAGUUCUCAGCUACCAGGUCCCUCAGGCGGCGGACAGUAUCCUUGGCAGGCACGCCGUGGCCGUCCCCAGCCAGCCCCUACCUCACCAUUGACCUCACGGAUGACGAUGUGGUGCCCCAGAGCAGCAGUACCCCCUACACCCGCUUGGCCCAGGACAGCCAGCAGGACGGCCUCGAGUCCCCACAGGUGGACGCAGAGGGUAGAGAUGCCGACAGCGCCGAGUAUCAGGAUGGGAAGGAGUUUGGGAUAGGAGACCUUGUGUGGGGAAAGAUCAAGGGCUUCUCCUGGUGGCCUGCCAUGGUGGUGUCAUGGAAGGCCACCUCCAAGCGCCAGGCCAUGUCCGGCAUGCGGUGGGUCCAGUGGUUUGGUGACGGCAAGUUCUCUGAGGUGUCUGCAGAUAAGCUAGUGGCCCUGGGGCUGUUCAGCCAGCACUUUAACCUGGCGACCUUCAAUAAGCUGGUCUCUUACAGGAAGGCCAUGUACCAUGCGUUGGAGAAAGCCAGGGUGCGGGCUGGAAAAACCUUCCCCAGCAGUCCUGGAGACUCGUUGGAGGACCAGCUGAAGCCCAUGUUAGAGUGGGCCCAUGGGGGCUUUAAGCCCACUGGGAUUGAGGGCCUCAAACCAAACAACAAACAACCAGAGAACAAGACUCGAAGACGCACAGCUGACGACUCGGCCGCCUCGGACUACUGCCCCCCGCCCAAGCGCCUAAAGACCAACUGCUGUAACAAUGGCAAAGACCGAGGCGAGGAGGACCAGAGUCGAGAACAAAUGGCUUUGGAUGUUUGCAACAACAAGAGUAACCUGGAAGAUAGCUGUUUGUCCUGUGGUCGGAGAAACCCUGUGUCCUUCCACCCUCUCUUUGAGGGUGGGCUCUGCCAGACGUGCCGGGACCGCUUCCUUGAGCUGUUCUACAUGUAUGACGACGAUGGCUAUCAGUCCUACUGCACCGUGUGCUGUGAGGGCCGCGAGCUUCUCCUCUGCAGCAACACCAGCUGCUGCCGGUGCUUCUGUGUGGAGUGCCUGGAGGUGCUGGUGGGCACGGGCACCGCGGCAGAUGCAAAGCUGCAGGAGCCCUGGAGCUGCUACAUGUGCCUCCCGCAGCGCUGUCAUGGCGUCCUCCGGCGCCGGAAGGACUGGAACGUGCGCCUGCAGGCCUUCUUCACCAGCGACACGGGGCUCGAAUACGAAGCCCCCAAGUUAUACCCUGCGAUUCCCGCAGCCCGAAGGCGGCCCAUUCGAGUCUUAUCCCUGUUUGAUGGAAUUGCAACAGGGUACUUGGUCCUCAAAGAAUUGGGCAUCAAAGUGGAGAAGUACGUCGCCUCCGAAGUGUGUGAAGAAUCCAUCGCUGUUGGAACUGUGAAGCACGAGGGCAACAUCAAAUAUGUGAAUGACGUCAGGAACAUCACGAAGAGAAAUAUUGAAGAAUGGGGCCCCUUUGACUUGGUGAUUGGUGGAAGCCCAUGCAAUGAUCUCUCAAAUGUGAACCCUGCCAGGAAAGGCCUGUACGAGGGUACAGGCCGGCUCUUCUUUGAGUUCUACCACCUGCUGAAUUACACGCGCCCCAAGGAGGGGGAUGACCGGCCCUUCUUCUGGAUGUUUGAGAAUGUGGUAGCCAUGAAGGUUGGCGACAAGAGGGACAUCUCUCGGUUCCUGGAGUGUAACCCAGUGAUGAUCGAUGCCAUCAAAGUGUCUGCCGCUCACAGGGCCCGCUACUUCUGGGGCAACCUGCCUGGAAUGAACAGGCCCGUGAUAGCAUCAAAGAAUGAUAAACUCGAACUGCAGGACUGCUUGGAGUUCAAUAGGACAGCAAAGUUAAAGAAAGUACAGACAAUAACCACCAAGUCGAACUCGAUCAGACAGGGGAAAAACCAACUUUUCCCUGUUGUCAUGAAUGGCAAAGAAGAUGUUUUGUGGUGCACUGAGCUAGAAAGGAUCUUCGGCUUUCCUGUACACUACACGGAUGUGUCCAACAUGGGCCGUGGUGCCCGCCAGAAGCUGCUUGGGAGGUCCUGGAGUGUGCCUGUCAUCCGACACCUCUUCGCCCCCCUGAAGGACUACUUUGCCUGUGAAUAGCCCUCCCAGGCACCCUGAGCCCAGGAGCACUGGGGCAUGUGGGGCAGAGCCAGGACCCAGUAGGUACA